AUGGAGGUUUUGGUGGGACCCACUUUUAGCAUCGGCGGAGAUGUUCCCUCAAACGGGUCUCCUUUCGGUGUAGCUCCCUCGCCGCAAGAGAAGCACCAGGUUGGGGUGGCCCCGCCGUUUUUGUUCUUGAAAGAGGAAAAUGGCGAUGAUGAUGAGAGUCCGAUCUCGAGCCGGGCCGGGUCGGGUAUUCAUCCGGAUGAUUUAUCUGAUAGUUCUUCGUCAAUCGGAGCUCCAGAUGAUAGUGAUGAGGAAGAAGAAGAUGAAGACGACGGUGUUGCUUCGUCCGAAAAGACGAACGUGUUGGGUUCUUUGACUUCUUUAGAAGAUGCUCUUCCUAUCAAGAGGGGAUUGUCAAAUCAUUUUUCAGGGAAAUCAAAGUCAUUUACAAAUUUAUCAGAAGUGAAUACAGUAAAUACAGUGAAAGAAUUGGAGAAGCCAGAGAAUCCAUUUAACAAGAGGAGGAGGAUAUUAAUGGCAAAUAAAUGGUCGAGAAGAUCCUUCUACAGUUGGUCAAAUCCAAAAUCCAUGCCUCUUCUUACUUUGCGUGAAGAUGUUGACGACGACGAUGACGACGAUAAUGAUCAUAGCAAAGGAUUAAGAGGCCGACAAGAUCAAGAAAGCAAUGAAAACCCAUCAAAGGAAGUGCUUACACAAGGCAUGGUAGCAAGAAAAUUGCAGGAGAGGAGGUUUUCCAAGUUUGGCAUGAAGUCUCAAAGUUGUUUCUCUCUUUCAGAUCUACAAGAGGAAGAAGAUGACGAGGAUGAAGAUGAGGAUGAUCAAUGA